AUGGCUUCUUGCAUGGGUUGUAUGCUUGGAUGCUUGUUUAUCGUAGCAGCUCUGCUUCAGGGAGCGGCGGCACAGACAACACAUGAGGUUGGAGAGCUCAUCGUUGGAGGCUAUUAUGUAUGGAAAGUUCCUUCUGCAAACUUCUCAUAUGCUACAUGGUCUGCCAACCAAACCUUCACUGUCGGCGAUAAGCUACAGUUCAAUUUCGCAACUAAUGACCACGACGUGGCUGUGGUCUCAAAGGCUGCUUAUGAAUCCUGCAUCAAGACGGACUACUAUAGCAUUUACAAUAAAACAAGUACCAUCACCAUCGAAAGCGCCGGAGAACAUUACUACAUCUGCACCAUUGACCAACAUUGUGAAAACAAUCAGAAGGUGGCAAUUAUGGUUUCUGGUUCUUCCAUCUUGUCUUAUUCACCAGCUUUGACUCUUCUCUUACUGUUGGGCGCAGCUUCUCUCUUCUUCUUCUUCUGA